AUGAACGCCGAAUAUUUUAUUUCAAGCAACAAACUGGACGACUUUGUCACUGCGUCAAACUGGUUCAUAACAGCCCAAAGCAAAACACCUGGUGCGAUCGAGGUAACAUGGCCGCAAAAUAAACCAAGAGACGAAAAAUCUCAGAACUUUAAACAAGUGGUUAAGUAUGUCCCCGUCUGUGUUGCUCACAAAGAUGGAGAUGUCAUAACCGCAGAUUCCUUUAGCGAGAGUACUAAGGCAACCUUUAACAAAUUGCCUUACGGCGAAUAUACCGUAUAUGUAGUGGCUUACCUCGGUGAUCAUUCACGAAACACAUCGAUGACAAACUGGAAAAAAGCUGCGCGACGAAGUAGAAGUGUCACUCUGAAAACAAUGGAAGGCUAUCCAAGUCAACCGCCAAUGAACAUCACUGCUACUUCUACGGGCACAAGCUCAAUCCUUGUCACCUGGCAACCAAUUGCUGAAGAAUAUGCGAACGGCAUCCUGAUGGGCUACGAAAUAUACUAUGGCUACGACGAAAAAUUCUUAAAUACCGUUGUUAAAGUUAAAAUUUAUGGCGCAAAUAGCACAUCCUUUGAAAUCAACGAUAUCAGUGAUCAAAUGAAGUACUAUAUCAAAGUGCGGGGAUUUACGAAAAGAGGUGUGGGGCCGGCAAGUCCUAAAGUAUCAGCAACGACCGGUUACGAGGUACGGCUAACGAAAAGAUACGGAGGUUUGCAUGCUUUAGGUAAUUCUAGUGAACUAAGUAAAGCCCAUACGGUCUGGAAACUCGUUCCCAUUGGAGAGGAGUUCGAUGAAAUACUGAUCGUUUUUAAAAAGUUUGAUUUGGAAAGCAGUGACGCAUCAUGCAGCAACAAUUAUGUUCAAGUAACAGAUGCGAACGACAAGGAAAUCGGAACGUUUUGCGGCAAGAAACUCCCUUUUGCCACCAGCAUCCCCAAGGGUAGUGGUGUUGCCCAAGUCACUCUACGUACUAAUACAGUUCCUGACAGAGGAGGUUUCUCAGGGUUCUAUAAAGUGAUCAAUGAACAACCUAGUAAUAAAAACAGUGUUUGGAAUCUCCAGGUACAGAAUACUUCCAGGACAGGAGCCGAGGUAUCUUGGGACAUACCAGAUGGUAAUGUAUCAGAUAUUAUGGUCCUCUUCAAGGAGUCGAGUGUGCAGUACAUCUGGCAAGCGGUCAAAGCUAGUCCUCUAGAUAACAGUAUCAUUCUCAAGGACCUUGUCCCUGCCAAACAAUACCAUGUUCGACUGGUGGGAUCCAUUUUUGAUGUCAUACAAGAAAGUAAACUGAUGACUUUCACAACCAUGGGUGAUGUGAUACUAGUAGCUUCGAAGCCAACGACAGCUGCCAAUAGCAACGGACAAAGUACGAGGACUGAACCCUGA